GUGAUAUAUAAAGAAAUGACCAGCACUCGAACCUUCCUCAACUGUGCCCGGAGCUGAGGAGAUGGGUCUAUCGUUGAGGUUGCUUGUGGUGGUGGCGGCGGCCAUUUUUGGCGCGGAGAGCUCGCAAGAUGUGAUGAAACAGAUGACCAUCAAUUUUGGAAAAGCGUUGGAUACGUGCAGAAAGGAACUUGAUCUGCCAGACUCCAUAAACGCGGACUUCUACAACUUCUGGAAGGAAGGCUAUGAGCUCAGCAACCGGCACACGGGGUGUGCUAUCAUGUGCCUCUCCUCAAAAUUGGACCUCGUCGACCCCGAGGGGAAACUGCACCAUGGAAACACCCAUGAGUUCGCUAAGAAACAUGGCGCUGAUGAUUCCAUGGCGAAGCAAUUGGUAGAGCUCAUCCACAAAUGCGAGGGUUCGGUGGCGGAUGACCCAGACGCGUGCAUGAAGGUGCUCAACAUCGCCAAGUGCUUCAAGGCCAAGAUCCACAAGCUGAACUGGGCUCCCAGCAUGGACCUGAUUGUUGCCGAGGUGUUGGCUGAAGUUUAAUGGACCGAGGCUUGGACACUUGAACUUUGACUUGGAUAUUGGACAGCUCUAGUUUUACAUUUGGGCUAUUGACAUACUUAAUUUUUUUGCUACAACAAUUGGUUUUGUACAGAAAAGGAAAACAUUCAGUCUAUUCUGUUCCUGAAUUCUAGUUUUAUUCGUCUCUACGUUUAGAUAAUUUAUCAUACCUGCCGAAAUGAUUAAAAUAUUUUAUUUUCAGUUCCUUUUGCUACCAAUUCCAAAUGAUCUCAAUUUCUGCCUUAAUUAGGUAUUUAUUCCACGUAUCUUCAUAAAGCUGAAUCUUUAAUUUGCAAACUCGGAAACAACUUCAUGAAUAAUAAUUACUUGAAAAUGUUUUUACAUUUCAUAUUCUUGAUGACAAAUAAUUAAUCAGAGCUGUUGAACGUUUGCGUCAUAAAUACUAACAUUCAGUAUUUCUGAAUUGUACAUACAUGAUUUGGACAUAAUAUGUCCAAAUCAUGUACAAAUUCUGUAAAUAAUUAUGUCCAAAUAUUCAAGUCUACUACGAUACGACGGAUUCUGUUUAUAGUAAUAACUUGACCAGGCUGAUGCGAUGGAGUUGGAAUCAUACUUAGACACCAAAGUAAACAUAAUGUGCUGUGUUAUUUUAUUAAAUUAGUAUAGUUAGUGGCUAGCUGUAGCGUUUGUAUUUUAUGUACUCAUUUUGUAGUGAUAUAAUAAUCCCCUGUAGUCUGGUGUUGUUGGGUUUAGUGGUUAGAAGUUUGAUAAAUGUUUAAUCUCAAUUUUGUCCUUGUGUUUUGUAGCUAUAAACUUUAUUGAUUUGAGCAGUUAUGAUCGACAAUAUAAUAUGUAGAUCACAA